CGCUGUUUUCCUUUUCAUGUCAAAGUUUUCGUUGCUGCUAGGAAUAUUGAUUUUCUGUGUUUUUGGAAAAAUUAACGUUGCGACGUUACAUUUUGGGAACCCACCAAGUAUUUCACAAAGUAUAUAAUGGGCAAAAAAGGUGUCGUUGCUUUUGUCAAAGAUUUCUAUUACGAUCCUUUCAAGUGGUCACUAGUUAAGAGUGUGGGCAUAUUUGCAGUCGGCGUAGUGAUCGCGAGCGAGUGCUCCGGGCUCGAGAUAAUGCCCGCAAUGCCGCAGUAGACACAUCAUAUCUCCAAUCAAUUCUAUUCUCCUAAGUUUAAGAAUUAUUCAUAAAAAAAUGUUAAAUUAUUUAUUAUUGUUUUCACUCCUCGGAGUCAGUGUUUGUCAAAAGAGGCCGAAUAUAGUUUUGGUGUUGACAGAUGAUCAGGAUGUUGUGUUGGGUGGCAUGACGCCAAUGAAGAACGUGCAUCGGUUUAUUGCUGAUGAAGGCGUCACGUUUACAAACUCGUACGUGACAUCACCGAUAUGCUGUCCGAGCCGGGCCAGUCUCCUCUCUGGUCUGUACCAGCACAACCACAGAACAGUCACAAACAGCGAGCUCGGAGGAUGCAACGGUUUGUUCUGGAGAGAAGCCGUUCAAAAUGUGACGUUCGGUAACAUUCUGAAAGAGGCUGGUUAUAAGACUUUUUAUGCUGGCAAGUAUUUGAAUCAGUAUGGCACUCCAGAGACCGGCGGUCCAGAAGCGGUGCCUCCCGGCUGGACGGAGUGGCACGGGCUGGUCGGCAACUCAGUAUACUACAACUACACCAUAUCCAACAACGGAGUGCCCACUGUAUCCACUGAUCAGUACCUUACCGAUGUCAUCCGGGAGUUAGGAGUGAGCUACAUAGACAAUCAGACUGAUCAGGAGUCGUUUUUGAUGGUAUUGGCACCACCAGCUCCUCAUCAACCCUUCACACCAGCGCCCCGACAUGAAGGGAAGUUCAGUAACGUCACAGCUGUUCGAAAUCCCAACUUUAAUGUACCUGCUGAGGACAAACACUGGCUCAUGCGAAUGCCUCCCUCUCCCCUCCCGGAGUCUAUGCUACCGGAGUUAGACCGUGUCUACCGGUCUCGUUGGGAGAGUCUACUGGCGGUAGACGAGAUGGUCGCCGACAUAGUGGGCGCGCUAGAGAAACAAGCUCUACUGGAUAACACUUACAUAAUCUACACUUCCGAUAAUGGAUAUCAUAUUGGUCAAUUCUCCCAAGUAUAUGACAAGCGUCAACCGUAUGAGUCAGAUACCAAGGUGCCCCUCCUCAUCAGAGGUCCAGGCAUCACUCCCAACUCCACCAGCUCGGCGCCAGUGCUGAACGUGGACCUCGCGCCAACUAUACUUCAGCUCGCGGGGAUACAGCCUCCGGAGCAUAUGGAUGGAAGACCUAUUAAGCUGCUUGGGCCCAAGGAGGAACAGCGAGAAAGGUAUAUGCUGGUGGAAUACCACGGCGAGGGUCGCGACAGCUCCGUUGCCGAGUCGUGCCCUUGGAAGUAUGAUGGCAAUCGCCUUGCGAAUACUGUCGAUAAUACACAUGUCCAUGGAGUUGUGUUCGAAAUAUUUUUUAAUGGGAUACCAAUGACGGCAACGGAUGACCUGUUGGAGUGCUAUCCUCAGUACGCGUGCAAGUGCCAGGACGCUCGCAAUAACACAUACACGUGUCUUCACCACUUCGCUGACAGAAUUAACAUGAAGUACUGCGAGUUUGCUGAUCUUGAGGAAUUCGUAGAAAUAUACGAUCUGAACCGCGACCCGUAUGAGCUGCAUAACUCAGUGAACGACGUAUUCCCAGCAGUGCGGCACUGGUACAGCUUCAUACUGUCGCGCAUGCAGACCUGCGCCGGCGCACGAAGCUGUGACAACCCACUCAACAUAAUUUAGUACAUACUUGUGUAACUGCA